UCCGUGUUGAAGUCCAGUUCUGACCUGCCAGAGGGGGUAGUCCAUUUUGUUCGUGGCUAUGACUUCAAUCGCGGCAUCCAUCUCGACGACUUGCUUGCCUCCUACUUGACCACAGGAUUUCAGGCCACAGAGUUGGCCAGAGCCAUAGACGUGGUUAACGCCAUGGUCAGUUUUUUCUGA